UUUGAAGAGGACCAGGCAAGAUUAUGUCAUGCUUGCUGCUUUGGAUGAGACGGAAGAGCUAGUGGACGGUGGGAAGAAAGGAGCAAUUGAUGACCUGGAGCAAGGUGAAUUAGAAGCGUUCAUUAAUUCGCUAGGUGUGUCCAAGUACUCAAACAGUUUCCUCGUGGUGGAGGAGGAAGAAGGAGGAAAAGAGAAGCUGGCAAAGAAGGAGAAAGUCAGCAAAAAGGAAAGUGGUGCCUCUUCACUCGAAGGAAAGAAAGCAAAUCAAGUCAAAGAAAAGAAAGGAAAGGAACAGAUCAGUGUUGGCAAAGAUGGUAAGAAAAAGUCAGCUCCUUGUAGUGAAGAUCCAGUAGCAAAGAAAGAGAAGCAGGAAGACAUCUUUGAAUUUCAUGCUAGGCAAGUCUUGCUGAUCAAACCCGGGGGAAAGUGGCAUGAUCUAGAGUAUACCAAGGAAUUCUCUUCCGAGCAAGAAAAUCAGGCUCUUGCGUCAAGUUAUAAAACUUUGGCCCAAAAGCUGUACCAGCAUGAGGCAGAGAUGUACAAGAAUAAGACAAAUCUUCAGAAGGGAUCCUCUUCAGCUUGGAUGAAAACCGUCGUGUCAUCCGGGACGCUAGGUGACAGGAUGGCAGCCAUGACCCUUCUUAUCCAGGACAGUGCUGUCCAAUCUUUCCAAUUUGUUGAGACCUUGGUGAACCUUAUCAAAAAGAAGGGCAGCAGGCGCCAGAGCCUAAUGGCUUUGGAUACUUGCAAGGAACUCCUUGUUUCAGAUCUUUUACCAGACAAUCGUAAGCUGUACACUUUCUCUCAACACCCUUUCCACAAACUAGAGAAGCUAUCCAGUGGCAACAGGGACUCAAGGGACAGGCGACUGAUACUGUGGUACUUUGAGCAUCAUCUGAAGCAGUUGGUAGCAGAGUUUGUGCAGACAUUAGAAUCGCUGAGUCACGAUGCUUUGGUGGCAACGAAGGCCCGAGCACUUGCAGUGGCUUAUGAACUUCUCUGUAAUAAGCCAGAGGAGGAGAAAGCUCUUCUUGUGCAGCUGGUAAAUAAACUGGGAGAUCCUCAAAACAAAAUUGCCACCAAAGCCUCUUAUCUGCUGGAGACCUUACUUCAUAAACACCCAAACAUGAAAGGAGUAGUGUGUAAUGAAGUGGAACGGCUUCUGUACCGAUCAAACAUUAGUGUGAAAGCCCAAUACUAUGCAAUUUGUUUUUUAAAUCAGGUUGUCCUCAGCCAUGAGGAGAGCGAGCUGGCUAAUAAGCUGAUAACUCUAUAUUUCUGCUUUUUUCGGACUUGUAUCAAGAAAAAGGAUGUUGAAUCUAAAAUGCUUAGUGCUCUUCUGACUGGCGUAAACAGAGCUUACCCCUAUGCUCAGACUGGUGAUGAGAAAGUGAAAGAGCAAAUGGACACUUUGUUUAAAGUAUUACAUCUUGUGAACUUCAGCACUAGUGUCCAGGCCUUGAUGUUGCUUUUCCAAGUAAUGGACUCUCAUCAGACAGUGUCAGACAGAUACUAUGCAGCACUGUACAAGAAGCUGCUCGAUCCAGGGCUAGCACUGUGUUCAAAGCAGUCCAUGUUUCUUAACCUUGUCUACAAGUCUCUGAAGGCAGAUGUAGUGCUGCGGCGGGUGAAAGCCUUUGUGAAGAGGUUGCUCCAAGUCACAUGUGGACAAAUGCCUCCGUUCAUUUGUGGAGCCCUGUACCUUGUGUCUGAGCUUCUUAAAGUAAAACCAGGGCUACGAGUCCAGUUACAGGAUCAUGUGGAGUCAGAUGAAGAAGAAUGCUUCCAUGACCAGGAAGAAGCUGACGAAGAGGAGGAAAGGUUCACAGAUGCAGACAAAGAAAUAGAAGCUGAAAGAGAGAGCAUAACAGAACAUUCUGUCAAAGAUCCAAAUUCAGCAACCUCGUGGGUGCAUCAUCAGAAUGUGGGAGGUGGAAAGAAUUUACAUUGUUAUGAUCCAUUGCACCGAAAUCCUUUAUACUGUGGUGCUGAUCGUACAAGUCUUUGGGAGCUGAAAAAGCUUUCUGAACACUUUCAUCCAUCUGUGGCCCUCUUCGCAAAAACAAUUCUAGAAGGCAAUUACAUUCAGUACUCAGGUGACCCGCUACAGGAUUUCACAGUAAUGAGGUUCUUGGAUCGCUUUGUGUACCGAAAUCCCAAGCUUCAUAAAGGCAAAGAGAGCAUCAGCAGUGUGGUAAUGCAGCCAAAGAAGAAACAGUCAGUGAAUGACGUGAGAAAUCUUGCUGUCAACAGUAAGGAAUUCCUAGCCCACGAUGAAAGCAAAAUUCCAGUGGAUGAAGUGUUUUUCCACAGAUUUUAUAAAAAGUUUGAUAAAGAAAAAGAGAGACGAAAACAUCAGGUGGAUGAAGAAAGUGUGGAAGAUGUGGAUGAUGACGAGUUUGAAAAAAUACUGGAUUCAUUUGAAGGUGAUAAUUACUUUGAUGCUAGUGGCCAGGAUAACCUUGAUUUUGCUGGCAAUGUUAAAAAGCAGCCCAAAGGUGGUAAGAAGCACAAAGGAGGGGAGGAAUCCAAUGCUGACUGGGAAGAUUCUGAUGACCAAGAUGAAUUUAGUGAGCUGGAUGAUGAAGUCGUCUCCCUGGGGAGUAUGGAAGAAGACUUUGGAGAGGAUAUAGAUGAAGAAGGAGGUGCAUUUAUGGAUGUCACAGGUGAUGAAGAUGUAAACAGUGAAGAUCAGAUCAAGUCUGUCACUACUAAAAAAGGCAAAAGGAAGAAAGAUAUAGAUUUUGCUGGAUCAUUUGAAGGAGCAAAACAAGGAAAGAAAAGAAAACUCAAAGAUGCUGGCAUGCUUGCUGCUGCAGAAGAGUUUGGCUAUCUGCUGGAUGAAAACAUUGGGUCCCAGUUUGAUAAUGUUGGCAUGAAUGCAAUGGCUAACAAAGAUAAUGCAAGUGUCAAACAACUCAAGUGGGAGACGGAGCGUGACAGAUGGCUUCACAACAGAGAUGUGAAAAGUAUUAUCAAGAAGAGAAAGCAGUUCAAAUACAAAGGGCUGAAAAACAAACAUAAAAGCAAAAAGUCAAAAAAAUAAAUCAUACACUUUAUUAUGGACCUUUUUAAACCAA